AUGGAAGAGUCAGGAUUCAAAGAGAGACUUCGCAUUUAUAUCCAAACUUAUGUUGACAGAAUAACACCACAUAUGAAAAAGAGAUGACUGAUAACUUCUAUUCUGCUUUUCUUUUUCUUUCAGAGGGUUAUCAGCUUAAAAGGUAUCUAAUAGUCAGGAUAUUAUGUUAUUGCUUACUGCUUACUUCCCCCUCAUCCUUUAUAGAACGACUGCUGGCCAAUAAUGAGUUCAAAAAAUAUAAAAUAAAAUAAGAUAUUUUUUAUUUUUUCUAUAAAAUCCGCACUAUAUUAAAACUGCUCAGUCAGUAUGGGGGUUUAUCAAUUUAUAUACUUAACCUUUUCUUAAGGUUCCUGACUCCAAUUAUGUCUGACAUGGAAGACGAAGAAUCUGACAAUCCUGUACUUCCUAUGCGAGAAUCAAAUGAAUUCAAACCUUUUCUCCGCAAAUUAAACGAGUUCAGUUUUUGGAAAAAUACUUUUAUAGGGACAGUCAUUUCAGUAUAUUGCACUUUUAUCGAAUCUUUAGACAUUGAAGUGUUUUGGCCAGUUUUAGUGGUUUAUUUUAUUAUUUUGUUUGUAGCAACUAUGAGACGGCAAAUUGCUCAUAUGUAUAAACAUGGGUAUAUUCCUUUUGAUUUUGGGAAAACCACAUAUCAAAGUGGAAAAUUGAGAGGAAGAGAAGAUUAA